CUCACUUGAAGCGUCAUCACGCUCAGAGUCAGAGUCAGAGAGCUCAAAGAUUUUUGUAGGAUACUUCUUUGAAAAGUCGCAUCGUGAAACAUUGCUGCCUCUUUGUCAAGGUUGAUCACACUGUGCAGAACAACUUUGGCGCCCCAAUAGUGCCAGGUCUGGCGUCAGCCGUCCAUGUGUUUCAGUUCUGCCCCGUCACAUUGACCCUAGAAUCUCUUUGUACGGUGCCUGCGCAAAGCCGCCAGUACAUCACUGGGUGCACUCGGUCGGCAGGAUCCAUCACUCGGAAAGGGCCUACAACGGAUUUCGACCAAACGUAAAGUCAGGGCUUUCAUUAGAGAGCUGCGAGACAGACUGCGGUUGCAGCAGGAUUAAAGAUGGUCCGAAAUGUAUAUGGCAAGACGGCAUGGGGAAAAGCAUUCCUUGACGCCCUGGGUGCUUUUGACGUCAGCAACAGGCUUGGCAGGGGCAAGACCUAUGCAAACACUGGCAAAGUGCUCUCAAUCAACAUGCAAGGGAGCCAAGUGCAAGCCCGGGUGCAAGGCAGUUUUGCCCCUUUCUACAAUGUUGGCAUCCAGUUCUCAAAGAUGCCAGACUCAGCGGUCCUCUUCGACGUUGUUGGGAAGAACCCGAUGCUGCUUGCGCAUAUCCUGAACAACGAGCUCCCCAGCGAGCUGCUCACAAAGCUGCAGGAGCGGCGGGUGCAGUUGCUGCCCCGCUCAUGGAGUGAGAUGAAAGGCAGCUGCACCUGCCCCGACAACCCUGGCCCCGGCAACCCUUGCAAGCACCUGGCUGCGGUGUACCACAUCAUCACUACGGAGAUCGACCAGAACCCCUUCACGCUCUUCCAACUCCGCGGCGUCGACCUUGCCAAGCAGUUCUCCAUCAAGCAGUCCGCCACGGAGGUGCCAUACCCACUCCCCGUCCAGCGAACACGAGACGCAGCAGGGGCAAGCACGAGCUCUGAGGAAGUCCCUCCAGAGGCGGAGGCAGUUCAGCCCGUGAAACUGCUCAAGAUUGCCAGCAAUGCCAACUUCGUCCUGGGAUGCCUGGCUAACAAUCCUCCCUUCUCGCUCUCGCUCAACUACAAGGACGUAAUGACGGAGUUCUACACCCACGUUGGCAAGAAGCACAAGGCGGUGAUGCAGCUGACAGAGCCGUGGUGGACCGCUGCCCAGGAGGGCCCCGCUAAGGAUCGCCUGCAGCGGGUCGUCUCUCACAGCAGAUGCGCUUGCCAAACGUUUCUGCUUUUGAAGGGUCAGCCGUGUCCUUGUUUCUCGGCUACAACCUAUCGGCGAUUCGCCAUUUUCUUCGUCCUAACCGCUUUCCUUCAUCUAAGCUUCUCUCUUCGACUAAGUAAAAACUUCGCCAAGCCCAAGCUUCUGCUGACCAACCAGCUUUUCGAGGCUGAGGCAGACCCUGCCGAGGUGUUUUGUGGGAUGCCCUUCGAGCGGGUGGCUCCGGACACCAUCUCUGUGGACGUCCUGCCGUUCUUCAAGGUGCUUCUUCAGCUGCCGUCCGAUGUCGGCUCGCUCUCGUACCGCUUCUUCUUCUAUGCGGCCAGGGUGGCGUACCUUCUCUUCUCCACCUGCUCCUUCACGCCUGCGGUGCUACCCCUGGACGAGCGCCGCUUCAAGAUCGUCUUCAAGCCGCUCGUUUCGUCAGCCGCGGUUGCGGAACAGCUCGAGAGCCUGGCUGCUGCAUACCCUGCAAACGACCCGUGCGUCGUUCUUGAUGGGGAGGGCCCCCUGGCCGCCGAAAGCGGCACGCUGCACUGCGUCAUGGCGGCCCUCACGCGGAGCGUCGCCAAGCUGGACUUCAUGCACAAAAAACUCAAGGACAACCCUCCCAAGGAGUCCCUUGCCUUCUGGCGCCAGCAAGAUUUCCACAUCAUGGCCCUCUCGGAACCGAGCACGGCCGCGGCCAUUGCCAAGUACUUUGGCCUGUUCGACCUUCUCAAGUUCGACAUUGAUGUCGAGAUUCGGGUGCUUAAGAGCGAGACCGAGGCCCCAGACCCAGCCACGGGCAUCAGCCCUUACACCCUGGGACUCUGGAUGAAAAGGAAAGACGCCGGAGGAGAGCAUGCUCCGCUUCACAGCUUCUUUCAGCAGAACCCAGACAAGAAGGAGCAGGUGCUGAAGUUCCUAUCGAGCCUGGCACCAUACUUGGAGGGCAUCGAGAAGCUGCUGAUGCAGGCGAGCAUCCCGCUGCGCGGAUCCACCUUCGAGACGUUCAUUAUCGACACCGCGUUGCUGCUGGCCAACCUGGGUAUCUCGGUUGCCCUACCCCGGGAGCUCAAAAAGAUCAUCCGGCCCCGCGCUGUCGUUCGAGCAAGCGGCCGGGACGGCGACGCGAGCAACAAGUCGCACCAGUCCUACCUCAUGCUGCCGCAGCUGCUGACGUAUGACUGGCAGAUCGCAGUUGGGGACGUGGUCAUCACCGUCGCGGACUUCAAGCAAAUGGUCAGGGAGGGGCGCAAGAUCAUCCGCUACAAGGACGAGUACGUAGCGCUGUCGUCGGAAGAGAUCAAGGCGAUGCUGGAGCAGGUCGCCAAGCCGGUGCCCCGCCUGUCCAGCUCCGACCUCCUGAAGGCGUCCCUUUCCGGCGACCGCGCCGUCUGGCUGGACGCUGAUGUGACACAGCUCCUGGCGGGAAUGACCCGGAGCAAGGAAUUCCCGCUGCCGCAGGGACUGCAGGCACAACUGCGCGAGUACCAACAGAAAGGCUUCUGCUGGCUGACGUCCAUUCUGAGCCACGGCUUUGGGGGCAUCUUGGCGGACGACAUGGGUCUCGGCAAAACCAUCCAAACGAUCACCGUCCUGCUCCACCUGAAAGAACGCGGCCAGCUGACGUCACCGGCUCUGUUGGUUGUGCCCACUUCGCUCAUCAGCAACUGGGAGAAGGAGAUUGCGCGCUUCGCUCCCUCGCUCCGCGUGACCACCUUCUACGGCGGCAACAGGAAGCUUCAGAGUGUCGACGCCAACACCGGCGCCGUUCAGGCGGCGCGCGCCGCGGGGCCAGACAGCACCAAGAAGGCGCGUGUGGAGGCCGCCGCUGACGUCAUCCUGACAAGCUAUCAGUGCAUGCGCAUCGACGUGGAGGCGCUGCGGAAGCAGCGGCUGUCGUGCCUGGUGAUCGACGAGGCGCAGAACAUCAAGAACAACAAGGCGGCCACGACCAAGGCGCUCAAGAGCAUCAAGGCCGGCUUUCGGAUUGCGCUGUCGGGAACUCCAGUUGAGAACAACCUGAGCGAGCUGCACUCCAUCUUCGACUUCGUGAUGCCGGGCUACCUGGGCACGCUCAAGGACUUUGCCACCGACUUUUCGAAGGACAUCGAAGUCAGGCGCGACGAAGAGAAGCUGGCGAAGCUGAAGGCGGUUACGGCGCCUUUCAUGCUGCGCCGGCUAAAGACCGACCGCAGCAUCAUCAAGGACCUUCCAGACAAGAUCGUAUCGGACACGUUUGCGACGCUGAGCAAGACACAGGCCGCGUUGUACGAAGGCGUGGUCCAGGAAAACCUCGAGAAAAUGGCGACCAUGGAGCCCGCAGCACGGCGAGGGCUCAUCUUCAAGCUGCUGACGGCGCUGAAGCAGAUCUGCAACCACCCCGCGAACUACAACGCCUCUGCAGCGAUGGUUCCGGAUGACAGCGGAAAGGCGACCCUGCUGAACACGUUGCUGGAGACGAUCAUUGAAAAAGGAGAGAAGGUCCUCAUCUUCACACAGUACGUCCGCAUGGCCCACCUACUGUCCGCCAUGAUCAAGAAGACCCACCUGGUGCAGCCGCUACUACUAGAGGGGUCCAUGUCCAAAGCCGACCGCGACAAAGGCGCGGGCGGCGUUGGGUUGAACCUGACCGCGGGCAACCACGUCGUCCACUACGACCUCUGGUGGAACCCGGCUGUUGAGGCCCAGGCGACGGACCGUGCCUUCCGCAUCGGGCAGCAGAAGAACGUCUUCGUGUACCGCUUCAUCACGACCGGUACUUUUGAGGAAAAGAUCAACGAGAUGAUGUCCAAGAAGAAGGAGCUGUCGGACCUCAGCAUGAGCACCGGAGAGAGCUGGAUCGCAGACAUGUCGGACGAGGAGUUGCGCCAGCUCUUUGCACGCCAUGAGUAGGGCCCGCGUGUCAACAGUUGUUCCGCUUGACGAGGGUCUGAUUGCGCGCACGCGGCCGCGGUUAGACCUAGCAUAUAGUGGCUCAGCUCUCUCUGUAUCCACCACUCGCGCCAGGAUUGCUUCAGAGCCACUCGCGCCGGAAUUGCUUAGAUAGCUGACACGUGUGCAACGGUUGACCUCACCGUCAUUAUCACCAGAAUUGGACUUAUAGCUCAGUGACAUUUGCGUCGGACUUGACUCAGCUGAGUAGUGCCUUUGACUCGUAGCUCAUCACUUUUCAAGUUGCAAGUUCACCUCUGCUAGCUUCCUGGCUCAAGAAUACUGGCACCCGGAACUGUGGGCUUGGGAGCUGACAUUAGCGGACAAGCAUUGGACAAGUGUGGAGGGCAACCUCGAUUGUAAGUCCGAUGAGCUGCCAGGGG